GAGGCAAGCUGCUCACUGCACGAUCACACAAAAAAAGCACACGAAAAGCACAUGAACACUCAUAAAUCCCGAGGAAACCACAUUCUAGCACGAACCGGCGUCUUUCUUGCAUAUCAGAGCAGUGGCAUCCUCUCCGAAAACAGCGGCUGCAACUGUCAACUCAGCCAAGAUGCGCCCGCCCCUUGACAGUGACGCGAUGCAACAGGCCGCACCUUUUUUUUUAUGUAGCGGCCGUGUCUAUACAAUAUGCUGCAUGUUAUUCUGCUGCAUCUCUAACUGUCACCAUGUGCUCUGAUAUGUUGAAUUAACCGGGGGCAUCAGAGGAUUUUCCAGGAAUAUUUAACAAAUUGCAGACAUCUUUCUUUGUAAGAAGAUUCCAUUGCCUUACUGUGGUCUUCUUCAUGUUGUACCUUUUCGUGUCGUAUUUCUCUAAAGGAGUUGUGUGUCACUAAAUAUUCAUGUUAAAUUGUUAAUUUUUGUUUUCUGAUUUAGAUAGGUAUGGAUUUUCUUAGUGUUCUUCAACUAAUGUGGACACUCCUGAGAGUUCAUUUGCCUGUACACAAGUUAAACUCGUCUCACGUUGUGUUUGUAUGUUGUGAAUGCACUGGGUUGUAGGAAAGUCUUUUGUACUGAGAACUAGAAUGUCGAUUCCUCUUGAUGUUUGAGCUGCCUGUGCAGAUGUACUGUUCUGCGACUUUUGUAAGCAGUCCUCUGAACUGUGCAGCUCAGGCCACGGAAGUAGCAUCUUGACAAGGGUGAAAAACAAGAACUGCUGCGUACUCAGAUUUCGGUUCACGUUAGAAAACCCAGGUGGUAAAAACUAAGCCAUAGUGCCUUGCUAUGUUACGGAUCAAAUGUUAUGGUGGUUUAGCUCGUAAAACCCAAACAUUAUUUAAUUUUAUUAAUCACAUGUCUGAGUUCAUUUGUUUUUCCCUGUUCUCAAUAAAGCUAGUGGCAUGUUGUAUUUCUCAGGUGUUAUCAGACUUAGUAGGCAAGUGUUUGUAGUAAGGUGCAACCGUAGGUUUGAUCCAUCACGAUGUUUGAGCUAAAAAGUAUUCUUAAUGACUAAUAUACAUAAAGAAAGCUGAUUCCCUUGUGCAAAAACAUAUAUUUCAUGCAUUGCAGGAUUGCUUUCUUUUGCCGUUACAUUUGCGCAAGAAUGUGGAAGGUAAAUAGGGCCACCAAUGUAGGCACACACUAGUAAAUUCUGGAUAACUGAUGCGUUGUUUACUUUUCUUUGUCUUGACUAUGUAAUUCUUGCUACUGUCAUUGUUGAAACUGUUGCUCUGUUGCUGAAGUCUCUGUUGAUUUGUAUCGGCAGCAAAAGUCCACCCACCAACCAUGAAGAUGCGCGAAAGAUGCAAAGAAAGCUAUCGACCUUGAAAUAGAACUUGCUCUGGUGUGGGUAAUAAAAAUGGCAUAUCUCAUGUGUUAAGAAGAGGAAGAAAUAGACUGAAAUGAAAGCAUAUUUGGCUGUAUCUAACAAAGGAAUGAGCAAUUCAAGAGUAAUUUUUUUUUGUACUGAUAAUUAUGUGAUACAUGGAGCUUUGGUUGUUCAUAGCUGUUCUUAGUGUGGCAUACCACUUUGAACAUCAGUAGCCAUGCACUUCUGCUGCUUUGACAGUGGCACCUUCGCUUACACUAGUGUCAUUACUUGUGUACAGGGUGGGUUGAAUAGUGCAAAACUGAAUGAGAACAUUGACGUGCUCACAACAAAUAACUUCCGAUGAGGAUAGGAAUGUUGGUUUCUUCAUGUUUGGUAAUUAAGUUUAAUAAAGCACAAUGCAUCCUGAAAAGCAAUUCUAGAAAAAAGCUUCACUGAUUACCAGUUUAUUUUUCUGCAUGGCAAUGUCACGGAUAUUAAAUCUCCGUGGAAGUUCGGCCAUCACACUUUUCUGGGGUGACAUGUUAGGCAUGCAACUAAGAACAUUCUCCAGGGUGUACCUGUCACUUUGUUUCAUGCAUAGACAAUUUUUUUUACGUGUAUGUGGGCAGGUUGCACACGUCCAAGAAUUGUGUAGUAAUAUACAAACGGAAAACAGCAAACGAAAAAGAUUGGCGAGCCUCGUGCAACCCUCCACAUUUGCUGAAGAAAAGAAGUGGUGAUAAUUUUUAGCACCAGCAUUUAUUGUUCUAGUUUUCUUUGACUUUUCUUAAUGGCAUUUUUCUUUUAAAACCAGACAAGUGAUAUUCAGGUGGCAUGCCUUGCUUUUUCUAUGCAGAAGUGAGGUAUUCUAGCGGUCCAGAGUCCCAUUGCUCUUCCAUUGAUGUCUGUAAAACUGAAAGACUAUCUGAUAUGGAAGUCCAUCACAAGGUCCACAUAGGCAAGCGGCUGUUUGAGUGCCACCUGUGCCCUCAAAGUUACCAAUACAAGAGCAAGCUCGAUCAACACCUGCGCACCCACACCGGCGAGCGGCCACAUCAGUGCCCUUCAUGUGACAAGAGCUUCUCGGAAAAGUGCAAACUUAAGGUCCACCUGCGCACUCACACUGGUGAACGUCCAUUUCAAUGCUCCUUCUGCCCACAAAGCUUUUCACACUCAUGCACCCUAUCAGGUCACCAACGUCUCCACACAGGCGAACGACCCUAUAAGUGUCAUUUCUGCCCUGAAAGCUUUCAGUGGGGUGACUCUCUAAAGAUACACCUGCGCACUCACACUGGUGAACGACCAUUUCAGUGCUCCUUCUGCCCGCAGAGCUUUUCGAAUCAGUCCGCCCUAUCAGAUCACCUACGCUUCCACACAGGCGAACGACCGUACAGUUGCACUGUCUGCUCCAAGUCUUUUGUGCGGAGCACUCACUUGAAAGUUCACAUGAAAACACACACUGGCGAAAAACCCUACUGCUGCACUGUGUGCUUCAAGACUUUUGUGCAGAGCUGUCACUUGCAAAGACACAUGAAAACACACGCAGGUGAAAAGUUACGCCAGCGCGCUCUGGCUUACGAUUCGCACCGG